UUUUUGACAUCAUCAAUCAGUUCACAUUUCCCCUUCACUGGAAAACUGAAACACAAACACCUUUACCAUUAAUUUCACGCCAACUCAAUUCACGGGCGAAAACAAGGUCAAAAUCUCCUCUCACCAUCCGCUCUAAUGUCUGCUUCUCUAGCCCUAGCGGCCUUCAAUUUCAGGCCUACACUACCUUUCGCACCAUCGCCGUCAUCCGCUUCAGCUCCGCGAUCCGGCCGGCGAACUAUGGCCGGUGGUGUUAGGUCGGAGAUGAAGCUGUACAAAGGAACGCACAUGAGGGAGCAGCGGCUGGCGGAGAUGAUCGAGAAGAAGGUUGCGGAGGCGACGCAGGUAUGCGGCGAGGACGAGACUUCCGACGAGUGCAAGGUGGCGUGGGACGAGGUGGAGGAGGUGAGCCAGGCGAAGGCCGAUCUCCGCCUCAAAAUCCAUCAGCUCCAGCAGGAUCCGCUCGAACACUUCUGCCAGGAGAAUCCGGAAACCGAUGAGUGCCGCAUUUAUGAGGAUUGACGAUCGUUGAUUGAUCCGCGCUAUCUCUUGAUCCGCCACCUGCAAAAUAAUUUGGUAUCGAUUUGAUUCAUCUUAAACCUGUGUUGUUGUAAAUCAUCGGUUUGUGAUUUCUUAGUUUGUGUGAUUUUGUGUGACGGGAUCCUGUAUUACUCCUCUGGUGAUUUCUUAGUUUGUUAAUGUCAAAUUCAUCCACUUGAGCACCUCUUGAAAA